CGCAGUGCGCACAGAAAAAUUGGGUCGAUGCGCGGAAGAUGGCGGUCGUUGCAUGAUGCGCGUAAAGAGGCUCGGUACUCGGUACUUGGGUCUUGUGAAAAAACAUGAGGGAACCACGGUGAGGUGCGUCGACACGUGCAAAAGACGACCCGUAAAAACACCAUAAAAAGGGACGCUCUCUCGGAACGACUCAUAAUCUGCUCUCAUUUACUUGAUCGCGGAGCGGUGUUGGCAAAUUUGUUUAUGAGCUAAGCGGUAGCGGAGUAAUCUUCGAUUCUGUUGUCGAUUCUUCGCGGGCACUCGCGGCGAACAGACUACCGCGCUCACGCGAUUCUUGUGCCGAGUGUCAGGUCGAGCAGAGUGACAGGACAGAGAACACGCAGCAGUAGGGGGGGAGGGGGAAAGAAAAAGGAGCACACAAGUACGUACAUCCGCAGCGGACAGAUUCGACACUGGAGAUAAAGUGUUGCCGGACUUCGGCCCGGUGAGAAGAACAGUAGAGAUGCUGAAGCAAUUGCAGAUGGGGAUGAGAGCUUUCCUCUUAAUGGCCUCCCGCGUGUGGACCUGCAUCUGCUUUCUACUCAAGAAGCAGGUUAGAGCCAUCUCACAGAUGCAGCCAGUCAAAUACGAGAUCUUCCCACUUUCACCUUUAUCUAGGCACAGACUUAGUAUAGUUAAAAGAAAAGUAUUAGUACUGGAUUUAGACGAAACAUUAAUUCAUUCUCAUCACGAUGGAGUAGCAAGGCCAACUGUCAGGCCUGGAACACCUCCAGAUUUUGUUCUUAAAGUGACGAUAGACAGACAUCCUGUUAGAUUUUUUGUCCAUAAAAGACCACACGUAGAUUUCUUCUUGGAUAUUGUUAGUCAGUGGUACGAAUUAGUAGUUUUUACUGCAUCCAUGGAAAUAUAUGGGGCAGCAGUUGCAGAUAAAUUAGAUAAUAACAGAGGUAUUUUAAGGCGCAGAUAUUAUAGACAACAUUGUACGCCAGAAAUGGGUUCCUAUACCAAGGAUUUAUCAGCAAUCUGUUCAGAUCUCUCGUCAGUCUUUAUUCUUGAUAACAGCCCAGGAGCUUACAGAGCCUAUCCACACAACGCGAUACCCAUUAAAUCAUGGUUUAGCGAUGCGGGAGACACCGCUUUAUUAAGCUUACUUCCAGUCUUGGAUGCUCUUCGUUUCACGCAAGAUGUACGAUCGGUUCUUUCAAGGAAUUUACACUUACAUCAUACUUGGUAGCAUAGUCGAGAUUGAACGAUACACUACUAUAUUCUAGAAUUGAAACUUCUAGCAGUUUCAAUUAGGGUGUCUAGCCUAGGAUUAUUAUUGUUAUUAAUUAAUAGCAACAUUAGGUCGCUGUUCAUAUGAGAGACAAUGAUAGUCUCUUUCUUCAGUCCUUGUUUUUUUUUAUACUCAAACAGCGGCGAAUAAAUACUGAAGAAAAUGGCAUUCAGCCAAUAAUACAUCAGCACAAAACAUCCUAGGAUAAUUCUUUGCGUUGUAUAGUCCACGUGUGCAAAAUCAUAAAGCAAAUUCUUUACUUUUUCCUGUAUAUUAUAUAAAUCUUUGCCAAAGACCAAAAUAUGAAAAUAAGAUAGAAUCGCACUAGCCAGCAAGAUUUUUUUUCGUGUUAGAUAAGAAUUGUAUACUUAAACUUCUUAUAUAUUUUUUGGUAGCACACAGCAUGGAAGAUAAAUUGUUUAAAUAUUUUUGUUAUUAUAUUAUUGACCUAGGAUGUACAUAUAUAUAUAUAUAUAGAAAGAGAGGGGGGGAAGGAUAAAAAAGAGAGAUGUACCUAAGUCAAAUGAAUUUCGCUGUAACUCACUGUAUCAGUGAGGCAGCUGUGUCCUGGUUUAUAUUUAAAAGAAAAAGUAUUAAUGUAAAACCAGGAAAUAAUGUACAUCUGUUUUCGUCAAGACUUCCGCGAUGUGGAAUAUUAUAUGUAUGAUGUAUAAGGUUGAUUGUGUUGUGCUCUUACAAGAGAAGAAUUUAUAAUAUGCGACUCACUAAUACAUUUGGUUCUUCCAUAAAAUGAUUACAAUUAAUAAACAAGAAAAUAUAAUGUUCAA